ACAUUUUCUCCUGUAUAUUUGAUCUAACAAGGAGUGCAGAUAGAGGAUUUGAAGUUUGAGUUGGCACAGACCUUGUCAUUUAUAUUGCUGGUUAGCCAUGGUUCUUGUUCUGAACUGUCAUCGGACACUCUGCUUAACUCUCAAGCAACAUAGAAGUGUCUGGCCCCGUUUUAUGUCUGCAGCCACAACAAAGCUGUUCAUUAAUGGAAAAUUUGUGGAAUCCCAUGCCACAGAUUGGAUUGAUGUUCAUAAUCCAGCCACUAAUGAGGUGGUAACACGUGUCCCAAAGUCCACUCAGGCAGAGAUGGAGAAGGCAGUAGAAGCAGCAAAGGAAGCUUUCAAAAGUUGGUCCAAAACAUCCAUACUGACUCGUCAGCAAUUGAUGUUUCGCCUCCAAAAUAUUAUCAAAGCCAAUAUGAAAAGACUUGCAGAUUCCAUUACAACUGAACAAGGAAAAACAACUCCUGAUGCUGAAGGAGAUGUCCUUCGUGGCCUCCAGGUGGUGGAGCACUGUUGCAGUGUGACAUCCCUGCAACUGGGUGAGACUUUGCCAAGCAUCUCCAAAGACAUGGAUUUACAUUCUUAUAGAGUUCCCCUUGGUGUUUGUGCUGGAAUCACUCCUUUCAACUUCCCAGCCAUGAUUCCACUGUGGAUGUUUCCAGCUGCAAUUGUUUGUGGUAACACUUAUGUCAUGAAACCAUCUGAGCGAGACCCUGGUGCUGCAAUGAUUCUUAUGGAACUUCUGAAAGAAGCUGGGUGUCCUGAUGGAGUUGUCAAUGUUAUUCAUGGCCAACAUGAAGCUGUGAAUUUCAUCUGUGAUCAUCCAGACAUCAGAGCCAUUUCCUUUGUUGGUUCCGAUCAGGCCGGAAAGUACAUUUAUGAACGUGGGAGCCGAAAUGGGAAGCGAGUCCAGAGCAACAUGGGGGCUAAGAACCAUGGAGUUAUUAUGCCUGAUGCUAACAAAGAAAAUACCCUGAAUCAGCUCAUUGGUGCAGCAUUUGGUGCUGCAGGUCAACGUUGCAUGGCCCUGUCCACUGCUGUUUUUGUUGGAGAAGCUAAGCAGUGGCUCCCAGAUCUUAUUGAAAGAUCAAAGAAACUCAAGGUCAAUGCAGGUCAUGAGCCUGAAGCAGAUCUUGGCCCAGUGAUUUCGCCAGCUGCAAAGCAGAAGAUUUGUGAAUUGAUACAGUCAGGUGUAGAUGAAGGUGCCCAAUUGCUCCUGGAUGGCAGAAAUAUUAAGGUUCCAAAAUAUGAGAAAGGAAAUUUCGUUGGGCCCACUGUUCUCACCAAUGUCACACCUGCAAUGCGAUGCUAUAAGGAAGAAAUCUUUGGCCCUGUGCUGGUGACAAUGUGUGUGGACACUCUGGAUGAUGCUAUACAGAUUAUCAAUCAAAACCCCUAUGGAAAUGGGACAGCCAUUUUUACAACCAAUGGUGCAACUGCAAGAAAAUUUACACAGGAAAUUGAUGUUGGACAGAUUGGAGUGAAUGUCCCAAUUCCAGUACCCCUGCCUAUGUUUUCCUUCACUGGCUCCAGGGGAUCAUUCAUGGGUGAUUCCAACUUCUAUGGGAAGGCAGGGUUGAAUUUCUACACUCAGUGGAAGACCGUGACUCAGCUAUGGCGUGAAGGUGAUGUGUCACAUUCUCGGGCUGCUGUGGCCAUGCCUGUCAUGCAGUGAAAUGGUGUACUGCUGCUUGAUGUAUGAAUGCACCUUUGGGCAUUGUUCCGUUGUGAUUAUAGCAUGUUGCUACCAUGUAAUUCUUGAAAGAGUGGCUCGCUUGGAUUGAAAAUGUUGAAUGGUACAGACAAUGUGCAAUAAAAUAUACAGACUUCUUGCAGCACUGUUUUUUUUUUUAAUACAAAUUUCUCAGCAUUUUUGAGCUCCAGU